AUGAAGGUAAAUCCUGAUGAAAUGGGCAACUACUUUGAAGGAGAUAUCAUGCUCUCAAAAAACGUCAUAAGAAACGUUAUAAGAAAUGAAUAUUAUCGCUGGCCUGGUGAUAUUAUGGCCCUAUGCGUGUAUCAGUUUUAUCAGACAUCACAAUGCAUCAGAUUUACACCAAGGACUAAUCAUAAUGAUUACAUUCUAGUUCUUAAAAAUAAUACUGGAUGCUGGAGCUCUGUAGGUAGGCAGGGCGGUGCACAAAUAGUAAACUUACAGGAGAAUGGAUGUGUAUACAAAGGUAUUGUGAUGCAUGAGUUAACGCACGCAGUCGGCUUCUGA